UCCACAUCUAUAUCCGAACCAAAUUCCCUCCUUCUUCUUCUCUCUCUCUCUCUCUCUCUUUCCCUCGUUUUCUGCUCUCUUUCUCUCUCCCGCUUUUUUAUUUUCUGAGUUGCCAAACGCUCAGAUCUCACUCCUUUCCCUCCCAUUUCUCUUCCGAUUUCUUCAAUUCCGAACGCGGAAACCCUUUCGAUCCUCCUCCGACUUUGAUCGCCGCCCGGUGGAUGUCGGGCUCGCGAGCUCCUCCUGCCGCCGCCGCCGCCUCCUCGAACCCGCCGGAGAAGAUCAUGCAGUCCAUGAAACGCCAACUUCCGUUCUCCUCCAUGAAACCGCCGUUCGUGGCUGCCGGAGAUUACCAUCGCUUCGCUCCCGACCACCGCCGAAACCUCGACCAGGAGCCCGAGGCCAUCGUCAUUAAGACUCCCCAACUGAAGCGGAAGAGUGAAACAGCUGAAUUUGAAGCUGAUUCUGGUGAUAGGACGACUCCUGGAUCCACUGAAGCAGCUAAUAGUCCUUUUCAGACACCGGUAUCAGGAAAGAUGGGAAAGGGAGGCAAAUCCUCUAGGCUGACAAAAUGCAACAGACCUGGAACUCAAACCCCAGGCUCAAAUAUUGGUUCUCCUUCAGGCAAUAAUCUCACUCCUGCUGGUCCAUGUCGCUAUGACAGCUCUUUAGGUCUGUUGACAAAGAAGUUCAUCAAUUUGAUCAAACAAGCAGAGGAUGGUAUCCUUGAUCUGAAUAAAGCUGCUGACACAUUAGAGGUGCAAAAGAGGAGGAUAUAUGAUAUAACAAAUGUUCUUGAAGGGAUUGGCCUUAUAGAAAAGAAACUCAAGAACAGGAUUCAAUGGAAGGGACUGGAUGUUUCAAGACCAGGGGAGGCUGAUGAUAGUUUUGCUAGUUUACAGGCAGAAGUUGAAAAUUUAACAAUAGAGGAGCGCCGGUUAGAUGAACAAAUAAGGGAGAUGCAAGAAAGAUUACGGGGUCUUAGUGAAGAUGAAAACAAUGAAAAGUUGCUUUUUGUCACUGAGGAAGAUAUAAAGAACUUGCCCUGCUUCCAGAAUGAAACAUUGAUAGCAAUUAAAGCUCCACAUGGCACCACUUUGGAGGUCCCUGAUCCAGAUGAGGCUGUUGAUUAUCCGCAGAGGAGAUACAGGAUUGUCCUCAGAAGCACAAUGGGCCCAAUAGAUGUUUACCUUGUUAGUCAAUUUGAAGAAAAGUUUGAAGAGAUUAAUGGGGUUGAUGUUGCACCCAAAUUUCCAUCGAGUCCAGAACUUAACAAGCAUCAAUCAACAGUGGUCCCAGAGGAUAGAGGGAAGGACAUAGAAGUGCAGGGACAAGAAGAUGGUCAUGGGUCUAGUUCAGAUUUUACUACCUCUCAGGAUUUUGUGAGUGGGAUCAUGAAGAUUGUUCCUUCAGAUGUCGCUAGUGAAGCUGAUUACUGGCUUUUAUCAGAUGCUGAUGUUAGCAUAACUGACAUGUGGAGAACAGAACCUGGAGUUGAAUGGAAUGACCUGGAUACACUACAAGAAGAUUAUUGCAUGACUCGUGAGCACACUACGUCCCCAAGUCAUCCGACCCCAAGUCAACCUUCAAACGUUGGUGAAUUGUCUUCUGCAUCUAACCCUACUGGAGGUUGAAGCUUCCAAAUGAUAUUUGUGAAUAUAAUAGGGAAAAGUGGUGUUCCUUUUCCCGUCGAGAACCUAUGACAUCCAGCCAUCAGCCAUGUCCCUCUUGUAUUCUCUUCAACAUAGUCCUAGAGGUUGGAUUGAAGGUUCCAUGAAGAUGCUUUCUCAUGUUUCUCCAAGAAGCUCGUCCGAGGAACCGAGUGGCCAAUCAACUGCUCAUUGUACAGUAAAUAUUACAUAAUCCAAGUGACCUUGUAGUUCAAGAAAAAAAAAAUCUAGCGGCUUUCUGAACCCAUCUUUGUAUAUUAUUGUAAGUCAUGGCUUUGUAGUGUACUUAGCUCGAUGCUCGAUGUCUUAUAUUUUGGCAAGCAAUAAAAACACUUGGAAUGCAAAUUGAAAGAGUUAUG